AUGACGCGAAUCUUUGGCUCCUCGACAAGUGAUGGUGAUGAACAUGGAAGCCAAGACGAAGGCGAGGAUGAGAAUGCAUUUACGGAGAAGCCUGAUACAAAUAAGUCACGCUUGGAGGCUGUCGAGUAUUUGCUACCGCACGGUGCUCAUACCAAUAUGGGGAACAGAGAUGGAAUGGCCUUGCUUGGUAUUGCGUGCGUGCAUGCAAUGGUCACGCCUGAGGUCAUUGGGAUUCUUCUCCAGCACAGCCCAGAUGUCAGCGCGAUACAAGGCAAUGGUCGAGUCAAGAUGAGUCCCAUGGACAUUCGUCGCCUGCAUGACACACUGGGAUCGACAGAGGCAAAGGCUGACAAUGGAGAGAUGGCAAAGGUGAGAGAAAUACUAGAGAGUCAUGGGGCAAGAGAUGUUUCCCUCGCCGACUAUGAGGACUGGGAUAUAGAAAAGUGUACUUCUUGA